AUGAAGGACAGGACCGAGUCAGCAAACGGCGAGAAAAAUGGCAUGGCUACGAAGAGAAAAGCCGUUGAAGAACCAGAGCCAGCUCAAGUGACAAAGAGGACCAGGCCCUCUGACGAUGGGUCGCCAGAGCCUGUUGCUCCACCGGCAACCGAAGUUUGGAGGAUUCCUUUCCCAGAGAAGCCUGCAGUAUUGGAAGAAAGAAACCGAGAAAUCGAAUUUCGAGUUGUCAACAACGAUGGCGCCCCCCACAGCUCCAUCAUCUUGGCAGGCCUCAAAUGCCUCUUUCAGAAACAGCUUCCAAAUAUGCCCAAAGACUACAUUGCACGGCUAGUCUAUGACCGCACCCAUCUCUCCAUUGCAAUUGUCAAAAUGCCCUUGGAGGUCAUCGGAGGCAUCACGAUACGAGAGUUUCGCGCACGAGCCUUUGCCGAAAUAGUCUUUUGUGCCAUAUCCUCUGAUCAACAAGUGAAGGGAUACGGAGCACAUAUAAUGGCACAUCUGAAGGACUACGUCCGAGCCACAUCACCCGUAAUGCACUUUUUGACCUAUGCCGAUAAUUACGCCACUGGAUACUUCCAAAAGCAGGGAUUCACAAAGGAAAUCAGCCUGGACAAAUCCAUAUGGAUGGGAUAUAUUAAAGAUUAUGAAGGGGGAACGUUGAUGCAAUGUUCAAUGCUCCCUAGGAUCCGGUAUCUCGAGGUCGGCCGGAUGCUUUUAAAACAGAAAGAAACGGUAAUGGCAAAGAUUCGACUCUUGAGCAAAAGUCACUUGGUCCAUCAACCACCUGAACAAUGGGCCAGCGCCGGCAACGUUACCCCAAUCGAUCCGCUAUCCGUUCCAGCCAUCCGGGCGACAGGGUGGUCUCCAGACAUGGACGAACUAUCUCGAGAGCCACGCCACGGACCUCACUUCAACGAACUGCGGCGUUUUUUGUACCAGUUGCAGAACCACCAACAGGCCUGGCCGUUUCUCAAACCGGUCAAUAAGGACGAGAUUCCCGACUAUUACAAGGUCAUAACAUCCCCGAUGGAUCUAUCGACUAUCGAGGAACGCCUGGAACAGGACUUAUACGCCACCCCAAAAGACCUCGUGGAGGAUGUAAAACUGAUCGUCAGCAAUUGUCGUCAGUAUAACAACCCCACGACUAUUUAUCACAAGUGUGCAAACAAGCUGGAAAAGUACAUGUGGACUCUGAUCAAAGAGGUCCCCGAGUGGUAUAGUCUGCUUGAAGAUUAA